UGAAAAGCACAAAACCUAAGUCGGCUACUGUGAGAAGUAACCGAGAAACUGUAUAGCAACAGAACAGAACACAAAAAAAAAACAGAACAGAAGACAAGGCUGCUCUCCUCCGCCGGACCUAGGUGGACCAAGGACGACAGCAGACGUCGGACCACAGACACGACGCCAGCGAGUUUUCUGGCCUUUUAUUCCGUCAAGCUGCUCCAUUAAUCGCCGAAUCAAGGUUCAACAGGAGACAAAUUGGAAAUUGCUUCCUUCCACAUUUGGCUUUGUGUUCGCGUGGUCUCUAUUUAAGUUGAAAAUUUCUCAGGGCACGGUCUCAGCUUGAACCAAUACAGUGAUGGGCCGAAAAGCUGGUUCGCUGUAUAUAAACCCAAAGAAAUUUGGGGCAGUCACCAAACCUUGCAUGAAGGAGAUGAUAACAUUUCUUAACUGCUUGUCUAUCAACCAGAUGAAUGAUGAGAAGUGUGUUCGGCAGAAGGAACUUUUGAGUGCUUGUAUGGAUGCACAGACCAAUAAAAAGAGAAAGCCCGGGGGAAGUAUUAAUUAUCAGCUGCAGAGACUUAGCAGGGGAAGGAAGUAAUUCAGAUUUAGGGAAGAAGCAUGUAUCAUCUUUUGCGGUCAUCAGUUGAAAUAUUUAGCUGUGAGAAAGUGAUUAAUUGAUGUUUUUUCUUUUGAUUUAGAUGUGCAAUUGUUGGGAAAUUUUGAGGCAUUUUUACUUGGCAGUUCUUGUAGUUUAAACCAUUACAUAUGAACUUGUGGGUUUUCAAUAAUGUCAUCAGAGUUUUCUCUGCCUAGGAUGCUGUGAAGAACCAUAAGUGUUUAAUUUGCAUAUUUUAUAAAAAACAUAGCACAGAUUUAUGCAA